AUGUAUAUAAAUGGGAUAAAGCCUAGUACAAAAGGUUUACUCAAACUUUUAACCAUGCAAGUUGUAACCAAUUGGACAGAAUUUUUCUCUCGUUCAUAUACAUUAGCUGAGUGUACAACACUAGAACAUGGAGAUCCAAACAAUAGUGAAUUGUUGUGUAAAACGCCUAAAGUUCUUGGAAUAUUAACCGCUUAUGUAUUUCCACCUAUUGGAGUGUUUAAUUUAAUUGCCAAUACUCUUAUCACUAUUGCAUUUCUUUAUCCAUCUUGUCGAAAUAGCAGACACCUCAUAUUUCUCGGUGUACUGGCUUUAUGCGAUAUUGGAAUUACGAUUACAGUCGGUUGGUUAGGAUUAUUUCCAACAUAUGGUCUACCGUAUGCAGCAUCCGGAAGAGUAUAUUAUUUUAUUUUGACAAGAUCCAGUAUCAGUUGUAAGCUGAUCACUUUUUAUCAAGCAUUUUGUUGUAUUCUCCGAGGGAAUCUUUUUGUUUUAACCGGUAAUGACAGAUGCAUCUUAAUGUAUAAGCCGAUGUUGUAUAAACAAGUGUCUAAAUAUCCUAUAUGGAUACUUUUAGUGUUUGUCAGCAUCACUGCAUUUCUAAUGACAUUGCCUAUUGUCCUGUACACUGAUGUCUUAUCAAUAUUCAAUUUUACAACAUGUUGGUAUACCAGCCAUCAUAAUCUUCUUCAACUCUAUCAAAGUUUAUUUUCAAACACGUGUUUAGCCCAGCUGUCUGUUGUCACUGUAUUCGAUGUCUUCUACUUAGUUAAGAUGAUUAAAUGGUCACGCGAUCAUCGUCAACGAUCAAAUGAUUUACAGUCAUCAUUAGAAAUGAUGAAGCAUAUUUCAUCAACAAUUACUUUACUUCUUUUACAUAUUACUGCAUUGUUAUCUGCUCUACCAAGUGGUAUUUGUGUACUUCUUACAACGAUAGUCUUUUAUAGAACAUGGAAACUUCCAGUGGAGUUGAUUCGUUUGACAGCAUUAAUUGUGUCUAUUGAAUGGCUGUUUCUUUUUCUACUGUCUUCAUUGAAUAUCUUUAUAUUCUAUGCACGAAUACAACGAUUUCAAGAGGUUGUACGAAGUUUAAUUGUAUUUAAUCUAGUGAAAAAGACGUCAAUUACUAGAUAA